AUGGAGAGCUCCGAGUCUGAGGCCGGGAGCCGCGACGACCGCAUGGCGACGAAGGCGGGGAGGCGCGCCGAGCUGCAGAAGCUGUCAAGCGAGGAAGGCGAGUGGACACUGUACCGCACGCUGUGCCAGUUCAGACUCGGCUACUUCUCGUUCCUGGUCCUGAUGUGCAUCCUCAUGUUCAGCGUCACAUUCCUGAUGGAGAUCUUCUUCGCCAUCUUCCUGCCCAGCGCACGCAUGGACGCGUACUUCACAGUGCGGGCCAUUGUGCUGCUGGCCUUCCUGCCGUUCGCGCUGAUCUUCCUGUCCUACUGCUUCGAGGAGUCCAGUCGACUGUUCCUGGACGCGAUUGACACGAGGGAAGGCAGUCUGGCCAACUUCCGUCUCUCGCUCUGUGUGUGCAUCCACUACAUGCGCCACUGGCGGGCGAUGCCCGACGACCGACUGGAGAGAGAAAGGUUCGACGCGUUCCGCGGAGACGACGAAGACCAAGAGGCCUGGUCGCGCUUGGUGAGCUGCAUCACUGCUGGGCCAAAAUAUCUUCUGAGCACCAUCUAUACCAAUGACCCGUUCAAUGACAAGAACAAGGAGUCGGAGGAUGAGAUGAGGUACGAACUGGAGCUGCUGUUCCAGAGAGAGCAGACCGAGGAGUCUGGUCACAAGCGCAGCAGUCGCUUCCUUCGUCACCGAAGCAGUAGCAACAGCAGCAGCAGCAGCAGCAGUGACGAAGAAAACUCGCCCUCGGCUCGGUGGAAACGUGCGUUUCAAGCUGCCAGCACAACAGUCAAGUUCAACACCACGCACUUUGACGGGCCCCCUCUGGACUUCUCGACGCUUGUCAUCACCGACGUGCUGUGCCCCUUUGUUUUCGAAGUGAUCACCAUGUGGACCUUUAUAGUUUCACUGCUCGCGAACAUGUCCCCCCUGGCAGCUUUCUUGGACUACAUUCAGUGCGGAUUCUACAUGCAAGCAACAUAUCUGGGCGUAUGGAUGAUCUGCCAUUUCUGCAGUGCUCGGAACCGCAAGAUGCGCGAGUUUGUGAGUAACUACCGACGACGCUAUCGCGAUAUGCAGCGAGAGCUACUGGAGAUGGAGAAUGAGAAGCGGGCAGAGCAUCUUUGGUUGGUGAGCAUUGGCUUCCGUGCGGUGGAGCAAUUCCAGACCAGCUUUUACACGUUUGUGGAAGCUGCUUUUGAGUUUGGAGUUUUCAGUGCGAUCAUCUCAUUCUACGCGUUCUACCUCGGUUGGGGCAUUAUGGGGAUUUGCCUUAUUCUACUUGGCGAUACAAUUCAGGCCAAAUUUCCUCAGAUCUUUGGGCUUACGUUCAAGUCGUUUAUCACCUUUUUCGUGAUUCUAUCAUUCGUGUUUUUCUCGUCAACGUGGGCAGUUGGCACCUUCGUCCAGGGUGGGGAUUUCUUUGUUUAUCCACCGACGGCUGAAUCUCUUGCUACUUCCUCAACUCCAUUUGCAAAACACUCGACGGGGUUACCAGGCCACUGGACAAAGGUCGCCGAGUAUCCAGUGUGUGCUCUCCACGUGCAGUCGCUAAACAUCGUGGACUUCGCUCUCAUAGCUGAUGCUGUCUACGGUUGGAACACUGCAGUUCAAGUCAAGUCGUUCAAUCAGCGCUUCAAUGGCACGGAACUUGGCGAUUGGGAGUACGUAGCGCGCAACAACGAAGAUGCAGGCCACCAAGUGUGGGCGGAGCUGUACUUCCCCACGAUCAACAUGACGGUUAUCGCUGUUCGCGGCACCGCCACAGCGACCGACGCUCUCGAAGAUCUGCACUACUGGUUCGGUGUGAGUGUCAUGCAGGCUGCCAACAUUUUCUUCCCAUUCCUGAAGCAGCUCCCCAGCGAGUUUGUCGUGGAGAUGCUUUCGAUGAAGUUCCUUCGGACCAUCAUGCCCCCUCCAGUGUACUCCGAGCUGCUAGACCACGUGAACGUUGUGCGCAAGCGUGUUGGUGGGGACCACCUCGUCCUCACUGGUCACAGUCUUGGAGGAGCGAUGGCCGCGAUGGUCGGCGCUAAGACGCACACGCCGGCCGUGUCGUUCUCAGGGCCUGGUUUGCUCUACUCCCGGGGUCGAUUCGACGUGGAUGACGAGUCGAUCCGGGACUAUGUGCUGACCAUUAAGCCUCGCCAUGACAUCGUGCCUCAAGUUGACGAGCUGGGUGGAAUGGUGCAGGAGAUCGAGUGCCGAAGAGACAACCCGCUUGCCUGCCACAGCACCGUCACGCACAUGUGCGAGCUGUACGCUGCGUGUGGCGACAAGCGCAAGCGCGACUGGUCCAAGGCCAGCCAAUGCCAAGAGUAUUUCCACGGCAAGUAA